UCUGACCCCAGCCCAGCCUCUUCCUGUCCCUGGCUUCCUCUGCAGCCUACUGAGGGAGGUCAGUGGGAGGAGCUUCUCUCGGAUUGGAAUUCCUUAGUGGAAUGCAGACAGCUUAAGGUCACAGAGGCCUCUAUGAUAUCACCACAAGGAGGAGUAAGACCACUUGGAAUGAAGUUUCUUUGAGGAGUGGAAGGAGACUGAGCAACGAUGACCGAUAAUCAAAAGAUCUGGUGGCAGCAUUGGACCGACACCACCAAUAUCAAGCCUUUGAACGUCAUAAGGGCCACUCAUGAGCCCUACAUCCGGCCAGAGGAGCAGGUACUCAUCAACCGCCGAGACGUCACUAAUAGAAGGGAUGCCUGGGACAUGCAGGAGUUCAUCACGCGCAUGUAUAUCAAGCAGCUGCUCAGACACCCGGCCUUCCAGCUGCUGCUGGCUAUGCUGCUGGUGGUCAACGCUAUCACCGUCGCACUCCGCACCAACUCCUUCCUUGGCCAGAAACACUAUGAGUUGUUCUCUACCAUAGAUGACAUUGUGCUGACCAUCCUUAUCUGUGAGGUUCUCCUUGGCUGGUUAAAUGGCUUCUGGAUUUUCUGGAAGGACGGCUGGAACAUCCUCAACUUCCUUAUCAUCUUUAUCUUGCUCCUGGGGUUCUUCAUUAACGAACUCAGUGUCAUCUCUAUCACCUACACCCUCAGGGUGCUUCGUCUGGUACAUGUGUGCAUGACGGUGGAGCCCCUGGCCCGGAUCAUCCGCGUCAUCCUGCAGUCGGUACCUGACAUGGCCAAUAUCAUGGCUCUCAUCCUCUUCUUCAUGCUGGUGUUCUCCGUGUUUGGGGUCACUCUCUUUGGUGGUUUCGUGCCCACACAUUUCCAGAACAUGCAGGUUGCCCUGUACACCCUCUUCAUCUGCAUCACCCAGGAUGGCUGGGUGGACAUCUACAGUGACUUUCAGAUGGAGACGAGGGAGUACGCAAUGGAGAUUGGGGGUGCCAUCUACUUUGCCAUCUUCAUCACCAUCGGUGCCUUCAUUGGCGUCAACCUCUUGGUUGUCGUGGUGACCACCAAUCUGGAGCAAAUGAUGAAGGCAAGAGAGCAGGGGCAACAGCAUCAAGUAACUUUCAGUAAGACAGACGACCAGGAAGACGGGAAUAACGAGCUGCCACUGGUGCACUGUGUGGUCGCCCGUUUGGAGAUGUCUGGCCUCCCCCAGGAGCCGCUUAUGGGGGGCCCCCUGUCGAACCUCUCGGAAAACACAUGCGAUAACUUUUGCUUGGUGCUCGAGGCAAUACAGGAGAACUUGAUGCAGUACAAGGAGAUCCGAGAUGAGCUCAACACGAUAGUGGACGAAGUACGCUCCAUCCGCUUCAACCAGGAGCAGGAGGAGGAGCUGAUGCACAGGCCCUUGUCGCUGAGCCAGUCGAUGGAGAUCGGGUCCUCCGUGGACAUCCGUGAAAUGACUUGCCAGCAAGACUUGAUCACCGCGCUCAUCAACAGGGAAAAGGUUCAGGAAUCCAACACAAAUGUACUCCUUAACAAACACAAGGCCAGCCGCUGAAAGGGCAGGACGGGAGCCGAGGGACCUGCGCACACACACCCGUGUAUCCCUAGCAUGGGUGCAUCUUCCUGUAUCCCUAGCAUGACUUGGCACAACCUGGCCUGAGCCUAUCCUCUCCCUUACACCUGGGCAGAUGCCUGGGGCUGUGAAGGGGAAGGAAUCUCUAGGGCUUGUGCCUGCGAACUCCAGGUCCAGAGGAGCCAGGAUGGAGAAGGAUGCUGGAUGACAGUGGGAGCCCUGCCACAAGGAUGAGCAGAGAAGGGGGGUACUGGCCGAGGCAGCAGGGAUUUGUCCUAAGGAUGGGCAUCCCUGGCCGCCUGCUCUAGGCCAGAGCUAGAUGGGGCCUAAGUGGGCCCAACCACCAAGAGGAGAAAGGUGAGGCCAAUGGGGCCAGGCAUCUGUGUGUGACAAUAAAGUUUUGUGUUGAGAUCAAUGUGUGU